AUGGAGGAGCGGCACAACUUCGAGGAGCGCCCGGAUGUCGAGUCGUUGGUUGCUGGACUCGUGGCUGAGAGCGAAAGCGCACGAAAGUAUGCGGUUUUCAAGCUCAAAGGCCUUCUGAGCGAUCCGUCCUUUUCAGAUGCUUUCAUACAAGCUGGCGGUCUACCUGCCUUGCGCCAGGCGGUUUUGGACACUUCGGGCAACACACAGGCCUAUGCGCUGGGCAGCUUGGAUGCGCUGUUGGAGCUGGACAUUGGUUGGGAGUGCUGCGAUGAAGAGGUUCUGGAGAAGGCAUUGUCUCUAGCUAUCUCUCAUCCCCUCGUCAACAUCGUUCGCAAUGCGCUCACUCUUUUGGUCUUGGUAAUCUCGCGACCCGCGCAUCCACGAGACUCGAGCGAGGGCGCUUCCGGAAUCCGUACUUUGAAGCCAGCGCUGGAUAACCACCCACAGUUCCUAGAGUCACUGGUGCAGCGUUUGAGUGCUUCCGACCAUACUCUCUGCGCCAAUGCCCUUCAGCUCGUCAACGCCUUGAUGAGAGAUGCGAUCACAAACGGCGGCGAGAACGAAUGGCCGAAAUUCGUCAAAAAAUUGCAAGAUCUUGGUGUGAUUGGUGGAGUGGGUAUGCUGAUGCGUGGCGACGCUGCCAACUAUGCAGAUAGUCCUCUCGCGAUUGCCAUCCUAGAGUUUCAAGGCCUGACCAAAGUCCUACUGCGGAAGUGGAGAGAUGUCAUGGUCAAUGUUGAGCUUUCCGAGCACAAGCGAGCCUUGAAAACAAUCCACUUGUUAAGCAAGCCAGAACCAUAUGCUCCGCCGGUGAGCGUGAAUGGAGCCAAGGUCAGGAAACAUCAUCCAGAGAAGUGGCGAAGGCUAGGGUUCGAGACUGAAUCGCCUGCCUGGGAAUUCGACGAGACGGGUUAUCUUGGAAUGAUGGACCUGGUUGAGUACACUCGACGUAACGAAGACACUUACCAGAAGAUUUUGAUGGAACAGUCUACGCAACCACGAGAAUUCCGAUGUCCUAUCGCGCGCGCCAGUCUAAGCGUGACCUUGGUCCUGUACGAACAUUUCGAGAUCGAUGAUAGCACUGUCGAUGGCUUGCGCGACAACGGCUUUGACCGCGAUCAGAGCGUUGACAGAUUGUACAAACCGCUUCUGCUCCAGUGGGGACGCCUGCAUACUGCUGCCUUGAAUGCUUUCAUCCGGCUGUGGAAGGAUGCAGGUGCCGAGCAGCAGGACAUUUACAAAAUCGAAGAACUGGUGCGAAUCGUUGUCGAGCGGAUCGUUGGCUCCGUCGGGCGGAAGACGGAUGUCAGCAAAGUAGAGGAAGAACUUCGCGUGGUCAGUCUCGAGACCGCUCGGCGUUGGCAAAUGGAAACCCUCAACGAUGUCUACCAAGAUGCCUGGGGCCCACAUCUGGUUCAAGUGCGGGAACAACUCCAUCACGAAAGCUUGCAAUUCAUGAAAGAGCAGCGGAUCCGAUGCAUGCUCCAAGGUUCUUGGUUCCCCACGUCAGCAGUCUCUUCGCCCGAAGUCGCCUGGCGAUUUGUUAGGUUAAGCCAUAACCGAAGAUGGCUACACUACGAAACCUAUCCUGUGAAAGGCGAUACCGACCCUCCCCUCACCGACCUGCACGAAAAAAUCGACCUCAACCUUGUCACGUCCGUCGACAGCAAUGUUUCGGCCGCCGAACAGCCUAUCAGCAUCAAUGAAGAACAUCAAAGCUCGGAAACUCACGAAACGCUAAAGAUUUCUUCUUCGAUGCGAGAAUCUUCCUCUAACAAAAUCUCGACGACUAAGAUCACCAUCCUGGGAACAUCAUCUAAACCUUCCAAGCUUGACAAUGAUCAAAAAGAAGAAGAGCGCGUUUUGCUUGAAUUAUUCCCUAAAACUUCGUAUUUGGCGUCCGAAUGGUUGGAUGGUCUUCUCAUGCUUCUCAACCAGCAACCCAUUACGAAGGAUACUACGAGAUUGAUCGAAAUGAUGGAGGAUUGGGGGGUGAGGUUACGGAUGUUGAAUCUCAGGUGGGAAGAUGGUGGUGGUGGUGGUGGGAAGCCUGUGCCGAGUCGGGAGGGGUUGGAUGAGGAGUAUUGGUAUGCUUUGCCGGAUGAGGUGUGA